AUGAGAGGCUUCCAAUGGCUCGGAGAGUCCUUCUCCGCUGGCGGCGAGCUUCGAUCGGUCAUCAAGCAGCGAGACCUCCUUCCAGACAACAUUGACCGGCUAAAGUCAGAGAUCCCAUCUCCAGCCAUUGCGAAUACUUGCUUGCAGAAGGUGGAGAUGGCGAUUGCGUUUAUCCUGAAGUCCGGUAGCAGUCUUGGGACUGAGAAGUCAGGCGAGAUGCUCCUCGCAGACUACAUGCGGUCUGUCCUAGCAGAGAGUCCGGAGUCCUUUAUGGGAUCCGGAGCCUGCGCCGAUGUGCGCCUCUGGCAUGUAGACUCCUACGUUCGCAUCCUGAAGCAGGUCGUGAACAAGGAGCGACGAAGCCGUGUGGGCGACACGGUGACGGCUUGCUUGUCCGUGGGCUGUCUGCGGUUGGUGGAGCCUCCUCACCGGCGCUGCUGCAAGCAUUGCCCUGUCGGACACUCUGACCGUUGCCAGGAUCGAGCGGAAGCCUUGGCUGCGGAAGCAGAAGUUCGAGCGAGGCAAGGCAGUGGCGGCAGCAAGGCAGGCGACUCCAAGCCUUCCUUCUCCUUGGAGGAGAUGGACUGA